UCAACAACUUGCAUUUCUGCAACGCUUUUGAGGAUGGAAGCUCUCCCAUCUCAAAGCUUGCUUCCAUGUUCUUUCAGAUCUCCAAGCUGCCUUAAUAAUGAGCAACCCAAGAAUGGUAUAGUAGCUGAGAACAAGCAAAACAGAUUAAGACCACUAACAGUCAAAAACGUGCCAAGGAGGCUGUUUUUGCAGCUCAUGGGGUUCAAGUUCAACUCUCUCCUUUUCCUAUUGCAACCUGUUUCUGCUGCACCAUUGCCAGAGAUGAAAGAACCUGAAGUCAUUCGGACCUUAAAGCUUCCCAGUGGUGUGAGGAUUCAAGAGAUAAUUGAAGGAGAAGGACCGAAAGCACGAGAAGGAAACACAGUCGAAAUUAACUACGUAUGUCGGCGCUCAAACGGAUACUUUGUUCAUAGCACUGUGGAUCAGUUCAGUGGAGAAAGCUCUCCUGUUAUUCUUCUUUUGGAUGAGAAUCAGAUAAUUAGGGGUUUGAAGGAGGUUCUUAUUGGAAUGAGAGUUGGAGGAAAGAGAAGAGCAUUGAUACCUCCUUCUGUGGGAUACGUAAAUGAAAACUUAAAGCCAAUACCAGAAGCAGUAAUCCAUUUUUCUCCUCACCUACUUAUUUCAUCCCUCUUGCUUUUGCCCUUUUGCUUUUAUUCUAGAAUCUCUUUUAUUAUUCUAACCCUUUUGCUUUUUGCUCUCUUUCUUUGCCUUUCCUUAUGAGGAAUUCCUCUCCCUAAUACACUCUUUUCUUAUAGUUGAAGAUUCUUCAUCAACUAUAAAAAAAAUAAAAAUAAAAAUAAAAAAAAAAAGAAAACCUUCAUCAACUUUGUUUUUUAGUGUUGACAUAGUUUUGUAUUCUUUUGUUGCAGUUUGGCCCUCGCCGUAGCCUUUUGUCCCACGCAAACGAGCCGUUGAUAUUCGAAGUGCAGCUCUUGAAAUUG